CUUCCCCUCCUGCCAUCUUGAGCCGUUGUGAGACUGCCCUGCGAUGUCGUGAGAGGAUCUUAGAGCUAAUAUAGCCUCGCGACUGUCCUUUCGGCCCCGUUACCUAUCCACGUGGUAGUGAUAAUGGCGGACUAUUAUAUACUCGGCAGGUAAACCGAAUUGUCAAGAUAAGCUGGACGGCUCUGAAAAAUACCAGAGAGCCAAGAUGGUCGCCAACUCGAUUGCCGCGAGGUGCCUCGGCGUUGCCGCCCUCCUUACCGGAGCCCAGGCCGUCACCACCUUCACCGACGCGCAGCUGAAUGCCUAUCUCAGCUCGGGAGGCGUUGACCUAGCUUACGCUUACGCACCCGUCUUCUUCUUCUCCCAAUCCCAAAAGCAAGCCCCCACCUAUCCCACCUGGGCAUUCCGCGGCUCGCCCGACACGCCCGACAUCUACGACCUCGCGCACCAGACCAUCCCAGCGCCGCAAUGCCAGUACCCGGACGUUGGUUGCAACAGCCGCAACCCGGGCGUUCCAAUCGGCAACCAAGGCCCCCGCUUCCCGGUUUACUUCACCACCAAGAAAUGCAGUGACACCGAGGUGCGCGUCGCGUACAACCUGUACUACCAAAAGGACGGCGCGAAGGUCCUUUUCGUCGACACUGGUCACGAGCAUGACUGGGAGCGCGUUAUUGUUAUCCACACCCGCGACGCCAGCUCGACGUGGAUGCCCACCCGUGCUCUGUACUCUGCGCACAGCGGAUACAGCUCCCACGCCUGGAACGACAUCCAGAACACCCUGACCACCGCAGACGCCGAGGCUGGCAAGGGCCCCGAGCCCAAUGGCCUCCGAGGCCUUGACCACCCCAAGGCGUACGUCUCGUGGUCGAAGCACGCGCACUACCACGACCGCAACACGGGGUGGAUCGACGCCAUCUCGCAGUCUACUGAGAACGCGUUCCGUGGCCAGGACUGGUGGAAGUUCGUCGAGAAGCGUGACUUCAUCCAGUCGGAUAUCGACACGGCGGGGGGGAAGGCGCUGGAUGCGGCGAAUUGGGGGAGCGCAACUAGUGAUCCGGUGAUUGUGGAGGAUCAGAUUUGUACGGCUAGCUGAGUGGUUAGUCUGUUGUGAGAGCAUGCGGGAGGAGCCUUAUAUGUAAUUCCUUUAUUGCGAGCGUUGCGGGAAAGAUAAAAUCUAUUGUUUUCAAACCUUG